AACGAUUAAGCGAUAACGAUGUUAAUGAUGAUAAAAUUAGCCAAUAAGAUUUCCUGACUGAGUGGCGCCGGUUUCUUCGUAUUUUGAUUUCUUGGUUAAGAGUAGCAAAAUUAAAUAAUCGGGACCGUAAUUGUGUUCUAUUUCAUCAUCUUUAUUUGUUUACAUCCAUUUCAGCGGUGGAGGUCGGAUAUGAGCUAAUUGUGAUUGAUGUGUAGUCCUCUCGUGUUUUAUCUGUUCUUUUAGAAAGAUGUCUUGAUUUGUGUCUCACUUCAUUAGGGCUAUAAUAAGUUGGAAAAAAAAAUGCAGCAUUAUUUCAGUGUUGUUAAAUUUAUGACUUGUAUGCUAAGGAUUUUAUUGAAGAGUAAUAUAUGCACAAACGCAACACGUAUUUGUUGGUUAUUUUGAUCUGAUAACAUAACGUCGAGUUUUUUUUUAGUGAUUUUCAAUUGCAACUAUGGAAUUCGCGAUUGGAGGAAUCGCUGCGUGUUGUGCUGGGUUUUUCACCAAUCCUUUAGAAGUGGUUAAAACACGUUUGCAGCUACAAGGAGAACUUCAAAAUCGCGGAGUUUAUACUAAGCACUAUAAGAACGCAUUCCAAGCUUUUUAUGUGAUAGCUAAAAGUGAUGGAAUCCUAGCUCUCCAAAAAGGUCUUGUUCCUGCUUUGUGGUACCAAUUCUGUAUGAAUGGUGUUCGUUUGGGAUCGUUUGAUUUUAUGCAGAAGAGUGGUGUCAUUGAUUCGAAGGAUGGCAUCAGUUUCCUUCGUAGUAUAGCUGCUGGUGCUUCAGCUGGCUGCCUUGGUGCUUUAGUUGGAAGUCCUUUCUACAUGGUUAAAACUCAAAUACAAGCGUCAUCCACUAUUGCUGUUGGGUUUCAGCAUAAACACGAGGGAAUGCUGAGAGCUUUUAAAAAUGUUGUCAAAGGUUAUGGAUUCUUCGCCUUGUGGCGGGGAGCGAGUGCUGCUAUGUCGAGAGUAACAUUUGGUUCAGCCGCUCAAUUGGCCACAUUUUCAAAUGCAAAAUCUUUCAUCGAUGAACUUCAAGUAUUCAAGCCUAAUAGUUGGCUAUGUGCUCUAUUUGCCAGCAUGUUAAGUGGCGUUGCAGUUGUUGUGUGCAUGACGCCACUGGACGUUGUGUCCACUCGUAUGUACAAUCAAGGAGUGGACAGUAAAGGUAAAGGCCUUAUUUAUUCAGGGUUGUUUGAUUGCAUUCAGAAGAUAAUGGCUAAAGAAGGAGUUUUUGGAUUUUACAAAGGCGCUACAGCAAGUUUGUUACGAACGGGUCCUCAUACCGUACUUUCUCUUGUAUUUUGGAGUGAAUUUCAAAAGUUUUAUCACGCUCCUUCUAUAGCAACGAAUGUUGACUAACAGAAAAAUCAAGAAAUUAAUGUAGUUAUAAAGAUAAAAUAUAUUUCAGAAAAUCAAUUAAUUAAUCUAGAUUUGAAGAUUAAAUAUAUUUCAGAAAAUCUAUAAACUAACCUAGAUACAUGGAUAUAUAUUUCAGAAACUCAGAUCUGAAAAUAUAGUGCCAAACACCCGCUCUCUAAAUAUUAUUAUUAUUGGUUAAAUAAUUUAAAUUGAUUCUUAAUUUUCCUUCACCGAGACUAAGAUCUGAAAAUUUAGUGCCAAACACUGGCUUCUGUAAUAUUAUUAUUGAUUAAAUUAUUUAAUUUGGUU